AUGUUGGGACCACGGCGUCUUCUUCUUUUCUUCUUGGGUGGCAUUCUGGCUCACCACGGGACGUCCUCGCCGAACCCGACCUCGCCAGAUUGGGUGUCCUGCAAAGACGCCAACUUCCCGGCCGCAUACCAACACUGCCGAGUGUCCUCGCCAGGUGGCGUUUCUGGCUUGCAAUGCGUUGGCAAGCAUCACUCGCGAGGAGAGUUGAACUGUACGUGGAGGCGAGGAGCGUCCCGGUCGUCCCCGUCUGUCUUCAUGCUGGUCGUCCAGCAGAGUAGAGGCUACUGUCGGGUCUACAGGAACACAAAGGUCACCAAGGUCUUCCACGACUACAAUAUGACCGCUCAGGUUCUGGAGCUGGUGGGCUCCAACUGCACCAAAGACGUCUUCACGGCACACCCUCACAGCCUGUUGCACUGCGGGCCGCCGCGUCACGUGGACUUCAAGCGCCACUCGGAGAGCGUGGAGGUGCUGGUGGACUGGCCGCAGGAGGACGCCAAGAACGUGCGGUCGUUCUGCGUGCAACACAAAACAGCCGACGGCCGAACGCAUAAGCAGGUGUGCUGUGAGAGUGCCACCGUGUGUCAGCUGGCUCCCGUGAAUGCGUCGGAGGCGUACCAGGUUCAGGUGCGAUGUGAGAAAAGCGACAAGUGCUCUCAGUGUCCGUGGAGCGACGUCUACGCGCUGCCACCAGAACUGACCCGUCCGCCCGUCAUUGUACGUGUGGACCAAAAGAUGUCUGACAGAACGGGACAGAGGACGCUCUCGCUGGCGUGGACGUUCCCCGAUGCUGAAGUGCACGACGGUUACUACGUGAGCGUGGCCAAGGCGUCGGGGGAGCCGCUGCGGGAGCCGCCGCGGGAACACGUGAACCGCUUGCAUCCUCACGUCACUCUGGUCCUCUCCUUCUCAUCCUUCCACGUGGACGUCAGCGCCUUCAACAACGCCAGCGAGUCGCCCGCCGCCCGCGUCACGGUGCUACCCAUAGUCGCCGGAGGCGACGGGAUGCUGAAUGUGAGCGUCCACAGCGACGAGUCUUUCACCGUCUUCUCCAGGGACGACCUGGUGGGCUCCAACGAGUGCUUCAGCGUGGAGUGGAGCUCCGAGGGACGACCCGCGGCCUACAGGUCCUUCUUUGAGGACACCAAAAACUCCUGGACUUUGUCUCCCGGGCCAGAGCGCCCGGAGGCGUACAGAAGAUACAACGUCUGGCUGCACGUGCGCCCCCAGUCGACGCCGUGCAACCUGAAGAGCGUCAACAACAGCGAGGUCACCUACGCCGGCGCUCAGUUCUACUUCCUGGAAGGACCUCCACUGAGUGCGCCCGCCAACGUCAGCGUGGCCAACGUGACGCACAACGCCAUGGAGCUGCGGUGGUCGUCCAUCCCGCAGGAGGAGCUCAGAGGCUUCCUGCUGGGCUACGUUGUUCACUACAUGGAGGACCAGCAGCAGGAGACAAACGUCAGCGUGUCGGCGCACGUCAACAGCUACACUCUGGAGGGUCUUCAAAGCGGGACUGCAUACUGGGUCCAGGUCUCAGGUGUCACCCGGGCCGGAGCGGGAGUCCGAAGCACCGCCAUACUAGUCAGCACGCACGAGCGAGGUUCCUUCAGCCUGAUAGCGGUCUUCAUCGUGUCCGUGGUUACGGCCGUGGUCCUGGUGAUUGUUCUCCUCCUCAUCAUCAUCAUGAAAAGCAAGGUUAAAGUCGUCUUCUGGCCAAACAUCCCCGACCCUGGGGAGAGCAUCGCCAUACAGAAACUAAACCUCCCCUCAAAGAUGCUUCUCCUGGAGUCCCUGACCCUUCUCAAUGUGGAAGAAUGCAUCAGCACGGGUGCGCUGACGGUGGAGGUCCAACUCGCGGCCCCCGAAGGCGCCAAGCUGUGUCCUGCUGACGAGCAAAGUCUCCCUGCCACCACCACCUACACAAGCCUGGACGCCAUGCAGCAGCUGAUGAUGAUGAUGCAGGGAACGCCAUGGGAAGUCAUGGCGGUGAAAUCGGGAAUGGACUGUGACGUGGUUUGUCUGCAGUCUGACUAUGGCCCACGAGAGGGCGCCAACGUGCUGUGACGACACCACCACGUCACUUCUUUAUGUAGUACUGCACUCAACCGCCAGGGGAGUUACCGCGCUACCUAUCCGACAAAUAUUACUGAAGAUCCCUGUUCGGAAAAAAAUAGUCCUGCAUGCUCAGCACUUUCUUGAGGAAAAUAAUUUCUUGCGCAACAGGGUCUUAUUUAAAAAAAUUAAAAAAAAAGCUUUUGUUUUUUAAAAUGUCUCUGUCACAAAAACAGAAGCAGAGCUAAAAUAUGUUUUUAACUAGGGAUGACCGAUAAACAAUAAAUAUAAAUAAACAGCCGAUAAAUGCUUUAAAAUGUCUGAAAUUAUCGGUUUCAAAAAGUAAAAUGUAUGACUUUUCAAAACGCCGCUAUGUACACGGGCGUAGGAAGAAGUACAGACCGCCAAUAAACCUUGAAGGCACUACCUUUGCGUGCCUGCCCAGUCACACAAUAUCUACGGCUUUUGACACAAACACACAAGUGAAUGCAUUGGUCAACAGCCAUACAGGCCGAUAAAUGCUUUAAAAUGUCUGAAAUUAUCGGUUUCAAAAAGUAAAAUGUAUGACUUUUUAAAACGCCGCUAUGUACACGGACGUAGGAAGAAGUACAGACCGCCAAUAAACCUUGAAGGCACUACCUUUGCGUGCCUGCCCAGUCACACAAUAUCUACGGCUUUUGACACACACACAAGUGAAUGCAUUGGUCAACAGCCAUACAGGUCACACUGAGGGUAACUGUAUAAACAACUUUAACACUGUUACAAAUAUGCGCCACACUGUGAACCCACAUCAAACAAGAAUGACAAACACAUUUCGGGAGAACAUCUGCACCGUAACACAACAUAAACACAACAGAACAAAAUACCCAGAACCCCUUGCAGCACUAACUCUUCCGGGACGCUACAAUAUACAGCCCCCGCCCCCCACCCCCGCCCACCUCAACCUCCUCAUGCUCUCUCAGGGAGAGCAUGUCCCAAAUUCCAAGCUGCUGUUUUGAGGCAUGUUAAAAAAAAUAAUGCACUUUAUGACUUCAAUAAUAAAUAUGGCAGUGCCAUGUUGGCAUUUUUUUCCAUAACUUGAGUUGAUUUAUUUUGGAAAACCUUGUUACAUCCAGCGGGGCAUCACAACAAAAUUAGGCAUAAUAAUGUGUUAAUUCCACGACUGUAUAUGUCAGUAUCGGUUGAUAUCGGAAUCGGUAAUUAAGAGUUGGACAAUAUCGGAUAUCGGUAAAAAGGCCAUCAUCGGAUAUCUCUAUUUUUAACCCUUGUGCAAGCAUAAGAUUGACUUUACACGCUUACUCUUAGGACCCAUAAAAGUGCAGUGACAGGCCGUGCGUUUCCCACCUAGGCCUUCAGUGAUGUCCGACUUCAAUGAUUGCCUCUCAAAAUAUCAUCAUUGAUGCCACCACAUGACCAUUGCUGGAGAAAUACUAUACAGAAACACAUUUACGCACGACUGGGCAUUGUACAAAACGGGUUAUUUUCUGGCGCAUUUAAAAAUCAAUAAACCCGCAUCAGCAAUUAAAACAUAUCUUAUGUGGUACUGUCAACAUUAGAAUAUUAAAUGUGAAAAAAUAAAGAAAUAAAAUAUCUGAACUCACAUUUCAUCGCCGGGACAGCGGAGCUGGCUUCUGGGGUUGGCCGACGUCGUCUGACAAGAUGUAGUUUCUCUUUAAAUAUCCUUCUUGAAAAUACAAGUGUUGUCUUGCCUACUCAUAAAAGAUGCAGACGAGGCGUGUUGGCUGACUUCUUAAAGUUUACUCCACAGCGUGCUUAUCAAAAACAUCCCGCUGCCGGCAUGUCUACAUUCAACAACCUAAACGGGGCUCUUCACUACUGUGGCAUGCUGGGUAAUGGAGUUCUUAUGUUACCUAGCUCAUAACAUCACAAUAUAUAUCUGCCUUAGGCCAGCUAGAAGGCCUUACUGACAACAAAGCGUGAUCUGAUUGGCUAUCGCAACUGUCUGUCAACUGUAUGUGUCUCCGCAUUGUUGAUUCUGAAGGCCCGGGCAGAUUUCGUACAGCAUGGCAACAUAAACUAGCUGAAUUCUGAUUGGAUAAAAACUCUAUAACCUAAAAAAACAACAGUGCUGAAAGGAGCAUGAUUUGA